GAAUACUAUCUCAUUAAUUCUUGAUAGAAGCAGACUCAAGUCAACAUCAUUGAUUACGUUAUGAUUUGUGAAGUUUAAGUUUAUGUGAAAUUCAUUUCAGAUUUAUGAAAUGAUGGCUACCAAUCUGACUGUCCUCAAUGAAACAGUCUUCGAAGACGACCCAUUCGCAGAGCUAGACGAGGCAGCUAUAGAACAAGAAGAGCUAGCAGCCUCCUUCGCCUACAUCAUAGUAACCAUCCUAGUCAAACUAGCAGUCUGCCUUGCAGCCAUAGCGGCAGACAUCUUCCUAGUCAUCAUGAUCUGCAGAUUCAGAAAACUGCGCUCCAUCCGAAUGAACAUGUUCAUUCUCAACGCCACCAUACUGAGUGUGGUGUAUUUGCUUUGUACACCUUUGUACUUUAUGCUAGGCCACCUGCUGUUCAACCACAACGCUCCAACUCUGUUUUUGUGGCAAACCCAGAACACUCUGUUGAUUUUGUACAAUACAUUUGCUAUUUGCAUGGCUGUAUGUUGGUUCCUUACUGGGUACAAACCAUUGCUGAUCAAGAAGUACCAGAAGUAUUCCAGUCACGUGUUCGGCACCAUCUACAUAGCUUUUAUUAUUGAAUGGAUCUUCGCUUUCAUCUACUCCAAGAAUCAUCACAUAGCCAGGAUGUCUAUCUUCACUGUCUUCUACGUUAUCUUCUUGGUACUGCUGGUGAUCUUGAAUGUCCUGAAGACUAGAGUGAGCAUGAGCAGCGAUUGUGCAAAGACUUCGUACUGUUUGAAUGUCGCGAACAUUAUUUUCUUUGCUUAUUUGCCGAUGUUUUUGUUCCAUAUAGCCAUACGGUUUAUUUCGAAUGAUUUUAUGUUUUACUUGGAGUUUAUACCAGAGCUGAUUGCGUUAGCUCAUCCAGUAUUGAUAGUUUAUGAGUUAGGGAGGAAGGAUAAGCAUUUUAAGACGGCUUACAAGAAAUCUUUUGAAAGGCAACAUGAAUAUGAGGAUGACAAUUUAGAUGAGGUGUCUGAUAAUGAAAUUGGCGAUACUAGGACUAAUGUUAUUAGUGUUGAUGAUAAUAGACAAACCUUGAUAAUUUGACGACAUUAAGUUUAUUUGUACAUGGAAAUAAUAUAGUUUCAAUUCAUGUUUUUCA